AUGGGAGUUCUUGCAAUGCAAAUUUCAUUGCAGAACCCUUUCUCGUUUUUUGGCAUUGUCGAAUUCGAAAAAAAUCAGAACAACAAUCAAUUCUUUGAUGGGGACAAGUCGGAUCCUCGACUUCGUCUGGAAAAUCCUUUGGUUGGCUUUUGGUUGAUUUGUUCUGAAUUGUUUGAUUAUCCAUGGGCGACAACCUUUGACAACGACUAUUAUAACGAGCCGCCGUCGUCAAUCAUCCGUGGCAUCAAACAAAAAUGCUUGGCACCUUCUCAGUCCUUUUUCCGACCAGAAAGUUCAACCCAUCACACUCAACAAGCAAUUCAGAAGAUCAGUGAUCCAAUGAAUGAUAAUUUGGACAAUGUGGUAGGCCAAUAUGAUGCACUGUUGGAUGAUGAUGAAUCGAUUGGGACAAAUGCUGACAAUGCGGAGGCUGCGGACGACGACGCCACUACCAUUGAUGGCAAUGCCUACCAACAACCAGAUCAGGACGAUGAUGACGAUGAAAUACUAGUGACAGAGGUUUGUAACAUCCCAAGACGCCCACCACUUUCUUCAGAUGAUGAUGACGAUGAAGAGGAUGAGGAUGAUGCUGAUGUGGCGAGCAACGCUCGGGAGGUUCAGUCAGAGUAUGUAGAAGCACCGGGGAGGUCAGAAGAUGACAACAUGGCGGUUGACGGCUUGACAAGCCCUACUCAGGUCUCUCAGGAUAGCUCUUCAUUGAUAAACACACCUCCACCUACACGUCGCCUAUCUCCACCGCCCACUCUUGCUGAGAAACUCAACAAAUUAAUUCAAGUUAACUUGGAUGAGAUGACAUGCAGAUGUCAUAUUUUCGAGACCACAUUUGCGACAAAUUACUCGGGAUCGGACUCCGGCACGGUUGCUGAGGCAAUUUUAUCUGCGGUGCUGACAUCAAUGGAGGAAGCUUUGAACAACUCCUUUCACAAGUUGAAGAUCCUUCCUAUCUCCGACGACACUUAUAAACAACAGAACCGGUGGAUCCGGAACUCGGUGGAGUUACGCAACAAAAUUUUGUCCUACCGGGCCCUGAGUCUUUACUGCAAUAUGGAUAUGGGAAUUCCCCUUAUGCGGCAACCAACAGCAAGCCUGGCGAGAAGAAACUAA